AUGAAGCUGGCCACUUUCGAGGAUUUUGUUAAAUUGGCCAAUUUCUUUUAUACGACCGUUGGCAUACAACCCUAUGUCAAGGGAGAAGCUUCCAAGGGAAAAGCUGUAUUGGCUUCAGUGAUAUUUUACUCGGGUGUUAUUAAUAUGAAUUAUGUGUUAAUCAGCGAAAUAUUGUAUGUGGUAAUGGCUUUGGUCAAGGGCGAAAAUUUCCUAGAGGCCACCAUGACCAUGUCCUAUAUUGGUUUUGUGUUGGUGGGCAAUUUUAAAAUGUUUUUCGUGUACAGGCGCAAAGAUGAUUUGACCAAGUUCGUGAAUGGUUUGCAGCAGAUAUUUCCCGAUACAGCAGAGUUGCAAGUGGAAUACAAUAUGAAGCAUUAUUUGAAGCAGUGCUCUCGCAUAACCCUGAGUUUUUCCUGGUUGUAUAUGAUUCUCAUAUGGACUUACAAUCUAUUUAGUAUCAUACAAUAUGUGGUGUAUGAAUUGUGGCUGAAUAUACGUCAAGUGGGCCAGACACUGCCUUAUUUUAUGUAUAUACCCUGGAAUUGGAAUAAUCAUUGGUCGUAUUAUUUGCUAUAUGCCUCGCAAGAUUUUGCGGGCUAUACCUCGGCCGCAGGGCAAAUAUCAGGGGACUUACUGCUCACCGCCUGUGCCACACAAUUGAUCAUGCACUAUGACUUCACUUCCUACAAACUGGCCAGUUAUCAAGUGCAAAGAGGUCUCAAGGGGGUGGAGGAGGAGAAGGCCUACUCCCAGGAUAUGGAGUUCUUGAAAAAUAUUGUACAAUAUCACACUAAUCUUUUAAAUUUAUCCGAUCAACUGAAUGAUGUGUUUGGCAAACCUUUGCUGUUAAAUUUUGCCACCUCCUCUUUUGUCAUCUGCUUUGUGGGCUUUCAGAUGACCAUAGGCGCCACGCCAGAAACUAUUCUCAAAUUAUUAUUAUUUUUGUUUUCCUCCAUUACCCAGGUUUAUUUGAUUUGUCAUUAUGGUCAACAUUUAAUAGAUUCGAGCACCAAUAUAUCCAAGGCUGUCUAUAAUCAAAACUGGACUGCUGCCGAUGUUCGCUAUAAGAAAAUGUUAAUUUUAAUUGCCAAACGUGCCCAAAAGCCUGCCAUACUGAAGGCCACCUCAUUUGUUUUGGUAUCCAGGGGCACCAUGACAGAGAUCAUGCAAAUAUCUUACAAGUUCUUUGCUUUACUCAGGACAAUGUAUUAUGAAACUGAAAAGACUCUCACCUCUUGUGUUGGUGUCGCUGCUACCCCAUAUAAUGUGGUGCGAGUUAGCGUCAGCACAGAUGACCAAAGUAAAGAUUCAACCAAAUUUGAGGAUUUCUUUAAAUUGGCCAACUUUUUCUACACCACCACCGGCAUGGUGUUGGUGAAAAAGGAAAACCUUUCUUUGGCCAAAACUAUGCUGGCUUCAUUCAUCUUUUAUGUCGGCAUUAUUAAUAUGAAUUAUGUGUUGUGCCUGGAAAUCAUUUAUGUAAGUUUGGCCAUAAUCAAUGGCAAUAAAUUCCUGGAAGCAACCAUGACUCUAUCGUAUAUUGGUUUCGUGGUAGUGGGCAAUUUCAAAAUGUUAUUUGUAUGGCGCAAAAAAGCGGAACUUUCGAAAUUUCUCAACAGUUUAAAGUAUAUAUUCCCCAAUGAAAAGGAACAGCAACAGAAAUACAGUUUAAGGCAGUAUUUGUCUCAGUGCAGCCGCAUUACCAUAGCCUUCUCUGUUAUCUAUAUGAUUGCCAUUUGGACUUAUAAUUUAUUUACGGUUACACAAUUCCUGAUCUAUGAAAAAUGGCUACAAAUACGCCAGAUAGAAAAGAUCCUGCCUUAUUUUAUGUACACACCCUGGGAUUGGACGGAUCAUUGGUCGUAUUAUGUGCUGUAUGUAUCACAAGAUUUUGCGGGCUACACUUCGGCAGCGGGACAAAUAUCGGGGGAUUUAUUGUUGAGCAGCUGUGCCACACAGAUGAUAAUGCAUUAUGAUUUCUUGUCCAAAACUAUGGAGGGCUAUCGCAGCAAGUUAUUGGAAAAGGGAGUGAAUAAAGAAAAGGCUUUCAAAGAGGAUAUGGAAUUCUUGAUAAAUAUGAUACAAUAUCAUUCAUAUUUAUUGGACCUCUCCCAUCAAAUGAAUAAUAUCUUCGGUUUACCCAUCUUACUCAACUUUAUUGCCUCUUCCUUUGUGAUUUGCUUUCUGGGCUUUCAAAUGACUAUAGGUGCCUCACCGGAAUUCUUGCUAAAAUUAAGUUUAUUCUUGGUCAUUUCUAUAGCACAAAUUUAUCUCAUUUGUUAUUAUGGCCAGGAGCUAAUUGAUGCGAGUGUUAAUGUGGCAACUGCUGCUUAUAAUCAGGACUGGCCCAGUGCAGAUGUACGCUAUCAGAAAAUGUUAAUUCUAAUAACAGCUCGAGCUCAAAAGCCAGCCCAACUAAAGGCCACAGCUAUGGUUUUAAUAUCGAGAGAAACCAUGACUCAGUUAAUGCAGAUAUCUUAUAAGUUUUUUGCUUUGCUAAGGACAAUGUAUGUGAAAAAAUAA